UGUGUUAUGUAGAUCACAUUUUCAUGAAAAAUAUUUAGUUUCUAAGAGAAUUCUGAUUGGUUAUUUCUGACUAAUAUUCAAAAAACUUAUUUAGGAAUAUUAAUGGUUAGUAUGGUUUAAAGUUUAGUACUUUAAAUAUCUAAAGUUUCUAGCCUGCCAUAUAGUUUUAUACAAAGGGCGGUAGUUUUUCGUUUUGAAACAAUUGAUAGUCCUGUAUAAAUUAACACGAAAGAAAGAUUUACGAGUAAAUCAUCAAGCCAUUGUCUAUUUUGAUAUAUUAAUAUGACAGCCCGUAUUAUUUUACAAGUAUUUGAUCAAUAUCAAAAGGCACGUUUGCUUUUUGCACAAUCUAUUGCUGAUCUUACAUCAAAGCCUAAUAAUAUUGAAUGUUUGGAGGCUGCGGGUGUUAUACAUUUGCUUAGGCCUUUAUUGUCAGAUGUAGUUCCUUCUAUUCAGCAUAUGGCUGCGAUUGCAUUGGGUAAACUGGCGAAUCAUGAUAUUAACCUGGCACAAGAUAUUAUUCAAGAAGAUAUUUUACCUCGCUUGUUGCACAAUAUAGAAAAACAAAAUAAAUUUUUUAAAAAGGCAGCAUUGUUUAUAUUACGUGCUAUUGCAAAACAUUCACCAGAAACCGCAUCAAUUAUAGUACAAAUGAAUGGACUAGAUACAAUGAUUAUAUGUUUAGAAGAUUUUGAUUCUGGUGUGAAAGAAGCAGCUGCUUGGGGACUUGGAUAUAUAGCUAGACAUAAUAAAAGUUUAGCACAGGCUGUUGUUGAUGCAGGUGCAAUACCACUCCUUGUUUUAUGUUUGCAAGAGCCAGAAUUAUGUCUUAAACAAAUUAGUAUAUCUGCUCUUUGUGAUAUAAGCAAACACAGUGAAGAUUUAGCUCAUACCAUUGUAGAUGCUGGUGCCCUAUCUUAUUUAGCAAAAGCAUUAUCUAAUCCUGAUGUCAAAUUGAAGCGUCAAGUUUUAUCAACAUUAGGGAGUAUAGCAAAACAUGAUACAAACUUAGCAGAAGCUGUUAUAGAGACAGAAAUAUUUCCCAGUGUUUUAGUACAUAUGGGUCAUCCUGAUGAAAAUAUAACCAGAGCUGCAGCAAUUCUUACCAAAGAAAUUUGCAAGCAUACACCAGAACUGGCCCAACUGAUUAUCAACGUCGGAGGUAUAGCUGCUUUAAAUGAAUUAAUAAAUACAUCAAAGUUGACAAAUAAAUUACCUGCAAUAACGGCACUUGGUUAUAUUGCUGGCCAUUCUGAUCAAUUUGCUGCAGCUAUAAUUGGAUCAAUGAGUGUUAUUCAAUUGAGUACUAUAUUAGAAAAUGAAACUGAUCAUAUACUUGCUGUAACUGCUUGGACAUUAGGUCAAAUAGGAAAACAUACACCGGAACAUGCAAAAUCAGUAGCUGAUGCAAAUGUUCUUCCAAAAUUAUUAGAUCUCUAUAUCAAUCCAAAGAGUUCAAACGAUUUGAAAAUAAAGUGUUAUACAUCAUUAAAACAGAUAUUACAAAAAUGUUUGCAUAUUGAAGCACUAGAAGCACUUCUGUUUGAUGCCCCUUCAAAUAUUUUGAAAUAUGUGCUUGGACAAUUUAGCAAGAUAUUGCCACACGACGUGAGAGCGAGACGACUAUUUGCUACAUCAGGUGCAUUGAAAAAAGUGCAAGAAAUACAAGCUGAACCAGGCACAAUACUUAUGGAGUACAUAAUGCAAAUCAACUGUUGCUUCCCUGAAGAAAUUAUAAGAUAUUAUUCUCCAGGAUAUCCAGAAACAUUAUUAGAAGCAGUAGAACAAUAUCAGCCAAAAUGUCCUUCCAUAUUAUCAUUGGACCAGAAAACAUUGGACUAUUCUGAUUCUACCUUUUCUAUCCCAAUGUACGACGAACAAGGUUAAAGUUAAGAAAAUAUUACUCAUAUGCGGAAACAUUCAUAUUUGGAAAAUAUUUUUAUAAUUUGUAAUUCAAAAUACUAAAUCGGAAAUAUUUAAAUAUACAACAAAAA